AAACGGUAGAGGCUAACCGAAAUAGAUUCUCGCGUGAUCUCGUGUCAAAAGAGAAAAAAAAAUUGGGUUUGUACGGAGUUGAUCAUGGCGGCUACUGCGACGGAGGAUGGAGGAUUAAGCUUCACGGUGGCUUCGGUAAUGGAGGAUGUGUUGCAGCAACAUGGAAAUGGGCUUAGAGAUCAUGAUCUAGUGUCUCGUCGAGCUGAAGAAGCUGCAUCGAGGAGAUAUGAGGCGGCUAAUUGGCUGAGAAAGAUGGUUGGAGUUGUUGGAGCUAAGGAUUUGCCUGCAGAGCCAACAGAAGAAGGGCUUAGGCUUGGAUUAAGAAGUGGAAUUAUCCUUUGCAAAGUCCUCAAUAAGGUUCAACCUGGAGCUGUUUCUAAGGUUGUGGAAAGUCCUUGUGAUGCCAUUCUUGUUGCGGAUGGAGCGCCGUUAUCAGCAUUUCAGUAUUUUGAGAAUGUUAGGAACUUCCUCGUUGCUAUACAGGAAAUGGGGUUUCCAACAUUUGAGGCAUCUGAUCUUGAGCAAGGAGGAAAUGCUUCUCGAGUUGUGAAUUGUGUUUUGGCAAUCAAAUCGUAUGACGAAUGGAAACAAAGUGGUGGAAUUGGAGUUUGGAAAUUUGGUGGCAACAUAAAGCCUCCUGCACUUGGGAAAUCCUCAUUUGUGAGAAAAAACUCAGAGCCAUUCAUGAACUCUUUAUCCAGAACCUCUUCGAUCAACAAUGAGAAAAUUCCCUCCGAGAAUGAUUCUAACAAGCUGUCCAGUCCCGGUUCCUUGAGCACACUUGUUCGCGCUGUUCUAUCAGAUAAAAAGCCCGAGGAUGUGCCCAAACUGAUUGAAUCUCUGCUGAGCAAAGUAGUCGAAGAGUUUGAAAAUCGAGUUACAAAUCAGUAUGAGUUGGUUAGAGCAGCUCCAAGAGAAUCGACUUCGUCACAGAACAACAGAUCACUUCUUAAACCUCUUGGUGAAAGAGAGAGGGAAGAGAAGAGUUUCAAAGCAAUAAAGAAAGAUGAAACCAAUCACAAAAGUCAGAUUCUUGACGAAGAGAUGAAAAAUCGACAAUCUAAACAACUGACAAUCUUCAACCAACAACAAGAAGAUAUAGAAGGACUCAGGCAGACACUCUACACAACAAGAGCUGGUAUACAAUUUAUGCAGAAGAAAUUUCAAGAAGAGUUCUCUUCUCUUGGGAUGCACGUUCAUGGCCUUGCUCAUGCUGCUUCUGGCUAUCACCGAGUUCUUGAAGAAAACCGAAAACUUUAUAAUCAAGUGCAGGACCUCAAGGGUAGCAUCCGUGUUUAUUGUCGGGUGCGCCCAUUUUUGCCGGGACAAUCCAGCUUUUCUAGUACAAUUGGGAACAUGGAGGAUGAUACCAUAGGGAUUAAUACUGCAUCUAGACAUGGAAAAUCACUCAAAUCCUUUACUUUCAACAAAGUCUUUGGCCCAUCUGCAACUCAAGAAGAGGUAUUUUCUGAUAUGCAGCCAUUGGUCCGUUCUGUUCUUGAUGGAUACAAUGUCUGCAUAUUUGCAUAUGGUCAAACUGGAUCAGGAAAAACAUUCACAAUGAGUGGACCAAGAGAUCUAACGGAGAAGAGCCAGGGAGUUAAUUACAGAGCACUUGGUGAUUUGUUUCUUCUUGCGGAACAAAGAAAAGACACAUUCCGCUACGAUAUUGCUGUUCAGAUGAUUGAAAUUUACAAUGAGCAAGUCAGAGACCUUUUGGUUACUGAUGGAAGCAACAAAAGAUAUCCUUAUUUCAUGAAUGAGAUCAGGAAUAGCUCUCAAAAGGGUCUAAGUGUGCCGGAUGCAAGUCUUGUUCCAGUCUCUUCAACAUUUGAUGUUAUUGAUCUAAUGAAAACUGGGCAUAAGAAUCGAGCCGUUGGAUCAACAGCCUUGAAUGAUCGAAGCAGUCGUUCUCAUAGCUGCUUGACUGUUCAUGUUCAAGGAAGAGACUUGACUUCAGGAGCUGUUCUUCGAGGAUGUAUGCAUCUUGUGGAUCUAGCAGGCAGAGAUGUGAUUGCUUCGCUAGCUCACAAGAACCCACAUGUUCCUUACAGAAACAGCAAACUCACACAACUCCUUCAGGACUCUCUUGGAGGACAAGCAAAGACAUUGAUGUUUGUCCACAUUAGUCCUGAGGCAGAUGCAGUUGGGGAAACAAUAAGCACUUUGAAGUUUGCAGAGAGAGUAGCUACGGUUGAGCUCGGUGCUGCACGAGUGAACAAUGAUACUUCAGAUGUUAAGGAACUCAAAGAACAGAUUGCUACUCUAAAAGCAGCACUCGCGAGAAAAGAAGCAGAGUCACAGCAGAACAACAUCUUGACAACUCCUGGUGGCUCUGAGAAACACAAAGCGAAAACUGGUGAAGUAGAGAUUCAUAACAAUAACAUCAUGACAAAGAAAUCUGAGAGCUGUGAAGUGGAGGAGAUUACAGUGAACUCACCACCUUGGCCACCAGUAGCAAGUCCAGGGCAAGCCUACAGAGAGGAUGACCGAAGUUUCGGGUCCAGCGAGUGGGUUGAUAAGGUGAUGGUGAAUAACAGGCAAGACGAGAUGAGAAGAGUGGAGAGUCUUUGGGGAGGAGCCACAACAGACAAUGGGAUUGACGAUCUAGAUGCAGCCACAAGUGACUCAUCUGAGCCAGAUUUGCUCUGGCAAUUUAACCAUCCACCAAGAUACCUACAAGAAGCAAUAUUGAGUCAAAACCCAAGAAACCCGUCUCAAAACCGAUAAGAAGUCCUCAAUCCAGGAACAACUCAAACAACACGGUUUCACGACCUUCAGCUUCACAGAAGGUAGCGAAUGGUCCUCGUGGCACGAAACAGUUUGGUCCUGCUGAUAUGAAGCGGAAAGCUACUAACGCGAGACAUUGAAGGCC